UUCUAAAAAACUCGCACCGGAUAGUUGUGUUCUUCAUCGUCCUCAGUCGACCGCUGCUUUCAGGCCGGCUAUGAUCUUCCUCAUUCUUACGAACACUCUGUUCAUCUUUCAAGUCGCCAUAGCCUGAAACUAGAACUCCAAAUUUCAACUCUGCAACUCCUUUCUUUGUUGUUUUUCUUGGUUGUUCUGAAGAGAAGUCGAUGGAGUUCUCUGAUGAAAACAGGGUGAAAGAAAAUCCAGCAGAAUGCGUGCUGGAGAGCGUCGAAAUCGAUCACAUGGUGACUGAUGAGAAAAGAGACGAACUAAGAGACGUGAAGCAGGCGGACUCGAAGCAGAGCAAUUGCAGUGACGAGGUGAAGAAGACCGUCGUCGGGCCUUCUCAGCCGGUCGUUGGAGGUGAAGGACGACGGAAGGGAUUUAACAUUUUGAGGUUUCUGGAAGUUCCAGUUGCCGGAAAAGAAGAGGAAGCGUGGAAGACGAUUGAGAAGCGUUUUCAUCAUCAAGCGCGUGAUGGAAAACUUUCCCGCGACAAAUUUGGAGCCUGCAUUUGGACGAAAAAGGAGUCAGCGGGAAAGGAAUCAACAGAUUUUGCUGCGGAACUGUAUGAUGUAUUGGCGAGGAAAAGACAGAUAAAAGCAGAAAAAGGGAUUACACUGCAAGAGUUGAGAGCGUUUUGGGAAGAUUUGAUAAAAGACGACCUACAUUCACGGCUUCGGAUAUUCUUCGACUUGUGUGACAAAAAUGGCGACGGGAAAAUCUCACGGGAAGAAGUGAAGACGGUAUUGGAGUGGAGCGCUUCUACAAACAAAUUGAGAAGCAUCAAGAAACAAUCUGGAAAACUCUCAUCUCUGAUCAUGGAAGAGCUUGAUCCAGACGGCAAUGGAUUUAUUGAGAUUGAGCAUAUGGAAGCUCUAGUGAAGGAAAUGUGGAACUCUGCAGAGUUUCAGAGCCAAGAAUCUAGACUUCUGGCAUUAGCCCCAAUUCUAGGAAGAUGCAAAACUCCAAACAGCAGAUUUGCGAGGGAAACAAAAGAGUUUAUCAUAGGGAAUUGGAAAAGAGUUUGGGUUUUGACACUGUGGGUAGCAAUAAAUAUUGGUCUGUUUGUUUGGAAGUUCAUAGAGUUCAUGGAGGAGGGAUCAUUUGAAGUGAUGGGUUAUUGUGUUAGUAUUGCAAAAGGAGCAGCUGAGACUCUCAAAUUCAAUAUGGCUCUCAUUCUGUUUCUUGUCUGUAGAGGCACAUUGACCGCUCUUAGAUCCACCGCUCUCAACUUCAUAUUCCCUUUUGAUGAUCAUAUUCACUUCCACAUGGCUGUUGCUGCAGUCAUUGGAGUGGCCACUUGGCUGCAUACCAUUAUGCAUUUGGCAUGUGAUUUUCCAAGGUUGAUUUCAUGCCCAAAGAACAGAUUCAUGGCAACUCUUGGGCCAAAUUUCAACUUCAAGAAGCCGACUUACGGUGAUUUGGUUGCAAGUGUUCCUGGUGUUACUGGAAUCCUCAUGAUCGUUAUAAUGUUCUUUUGCUUCACAUUGGCAACUCCUUUAUUCAGGAGGCAUAAAAACAAGUUGCCGCCACUGCUUCAACAUUUGGCAGGCUUCAAUGCUUUCUGGUAUGCACAUCAUUUGCUUCUUCUGUGCUAUAUCCUACUCAUCCUUCAUGGCCACUUCAUAUUCCUAACUCGGGAGUGGUACAAGAAAACGACAUGGAUGUAUCUAGCAGUCCCAAUACUUCUGUAUGUGUGUGAGAGAUUUCUUAUAAAAUUCAACCAAUUAAAUCAUAAAGUCAAUGUGAAAAAGGGAGUAGUUUAUAAUGGGAAUGUUCUAGCUCUUUACUUGGAAAAACCUGAAGGAUUCAAGUAUAAAAGUGGAAUGUAUCUGUUUGUUAAGUGUCCGGACAUAUCCAAAUUUGAAUGGCAUCCAUUCUCUAUCACUUCUGCUCCAGGAGAUGACUAUUUAAGUGUUCAUAUACGGGCACUAGGAGACUGGACAGGAGAGCUCAGAAGGAGAUUUGAAAACAUAUGUGUGCCUGAAAGUACAAGUAAAAGGGGGGGACUUAUUAGACAGGAAACGCAGUCGCAUUCUGAUUACCUUCCAUCGGAUUCAAGUGACAAAUACCCUCAGAUCCUCAUCAAAGGACCAUAUGGAGCCCCAGCACAGAGCUAUGAACACUAUGACGUUCUGUUGCUCAUAGGCCUUGGUAUUGGGGCUACUCCGAUGAUCAGUAUUUUGAAAGAUUUAUUAAACCACAUCAAAACAAAUGAUCCCCACUCUGCCGGGGCUCAAAAGCUCCCACAGAAAGCAUAUUUCUAUUGGGUGACAAAGGAACAGGCAUCGUUUGAUUGGUUCAAAGGUGUCUUGGAUGAUGUUGCAGAGUAUAAUCAAGACAACAUAAUAGAAAUGCAUAUCCACUUAAGCUGUGUGUACAAGGAAGGAGAUGUGCGGUCCGUGUUCAUAACCAUGCUGCAAAAGAUUCAGCAAUCUAGAGGAGAACAAGUGGACGUUCUCUCUGGAAGUCGGACGAGGACUAACUUUGGGAGACCCGACUGGGAGAAAGUUUUCGCAAGGUUGGCAUCUGUACACAAAGGUUCUGAAAUAGGUGUAUUUUACUGUGGAGAAUACUCUCCGGUGAAGGAAUUACGAGGUCACUGCCAAAAUUUCAGCGAUGGCUCAACGUCAACAAGGUUCCGUUUCCACAAGGAGAACUUUUAGAAGCCUCCCCACCAAAUGCUUUAAAGUUAUUGUCAUCUUUUGAUGGUGUGUGCCAUUGCCAACCAGAUGGAAAGUGGAUCGCACCACUAAGUAUAAGCUGCUUGGGUUCCCGUAUGAACAAGAAUAAAAGCGAAGAGGUAUGCUUUAGACUCCACUAUCCACCUUAGUAAUUCGUACAAUAUCCCAUCAACUUUGGCUGCUUUCUCUGUUUUGUAAUAAUUGUUGUCUGUUUUAUUGUUUAUUUACCUAUUCCACUUUAUGAAUUUAUCAUAAUUUUGUGGUGUGUU